AUGGCUAUUCUGCGUCAACCACCAGAGUCGCCGUCCAGGAAGAGUACUGUUGUCAAACAGCCUCCUUUGACUCUGGCCACUCCUGCCAUGAUCGCAAAGCACACCCCUUGCACCCUUCACCUUUCAGUCCUCCCUCCAGAGCUGGCUUGUGAACUGUUCUACACCAUGCUAGAUCUGUCCAAGGACUGGCAACGAAAUAAAUGGUGGUUAUUUGAUCGUAUCGUGGAAAGCCCUCACAAGACACACUUCUUCGCACGUCGAACGAACGGGCUGGACGGGGACGAGUCAUGGCAAGAAGCUGCUCAAUACUGGUAUAAUGGACGCGCUACGAGUGCCCCUGCCACUUUCCCAGAGCCGAUGGAGAGAGCGUGUCAGAUCGUGGAGAAGGUUGUUAAUGAGGAGCUUUCCAAGAGGAAGCGAUAUGACUUGGAGUGGGGCGAGCCUGGGACACCUUCGGUAUGGAGGGCGAAUGUGGCGGCGUCGAAUUGCUACGAGGGAAGCAAGGAGAGUGUAGGCUGGCACUCGGACCAGCUGACCUACUUGGGGCCUUAUCCAACUAUUGCUUCGUUAAGUCUCGGUGAGUGA